AUGGCCGAACAAUUAGAUAGAGUAGACUUACAAGUGAAUAAAAGCCAUCCCAGUACGUCUAGUGAAAUUAAUUCAUAUAAAGAUUACAAACUAGAUCCAAAAAGACCUAUCUAUAAAUUGAUAAAUGUACCUGAAAAAGAAUUAACAAAAGCAAAAUUAAAAAAUAGCUCAGAUGAAUUAAUAGAACAAUUAAAAAAGUUGACAAUCACAAAUAAUUCUCAAGUCAAUGUGUUAUCACAAGACCCCGAGGAGUUGGAAAUUAACAAAAUUAAAAAUAUGAAAAAUACGGGUUACCUAGGUAAAACUAGAAAUUAUUAUCCUAGACCUAGUUAUCCAGAUUUACAAUUUGAGGAAAGUCACUAUAUGACCUCCGCAGCCUAUAGUGGAGAUUCUAUUAUUGAAUGGAACAUAGAUGGACAUAGUGAACAAAACAUAUUAAACAUUAUUCAGGCCAUGACUAUGGCAGCCACUGCCUUUAAAACAUCAGGGAAAAAUACUGAUAAAAAGGCAGCCUUAUUAUUAAUCACUGGAUUCACUGGUCAACUAAAAGAAUGGUGGGAUAAUAUAGUUACUGGAGAAGAAAAAACUAUGAUACUAACAGCAGUUAAAGUAGAUAAUAAUGGAAUACCAAUAGAAGAAGAUUCAGUAAAUACUCUUUUAUAUGCCAUCACAAAAGCCUUUGUAGGAGACCCAUUACAAUUACAAGAAAGGGCUGCUGAACAAUUAGUUAAUCUUCAUUGCUCGUCCAUGUCUGAUUAUAGAUGGUACAAAGACAUGUUUAUGUCAAAAUUAUAUAUGAGACCAGAUGGAAACGCGGAUUAUUGGAAAGAGAGAUUUUUAGCGGGAUUACCUAAAUUAUUUAGUGAGAAAGUUAAAAUGAAUAUUAAACCAAAAUUUAAUGGAAUAAUUCCUUAUGGAACAUUAACCUUAGGACAAAUAUCAAAUUAUGUAGUAGAAACCGGAAUAGGAAUAUGCACAGAUUUUAAAAUACAGAAUAAGAUUAGAUCAGAAGCAGUGCAAAGUAGAAAAGAAUUAGGAUCAUUUUGUGAACAAUUUGGAAUAGAGACAGUUAGAGCUCCUAGUAAAAACAUGAAGAAAAGAUAUCCAAAACAAGCAUUUAGACAUUACAAGAAAAAGAAAAAUUAUAAUAAUAAUUACACCCCAAAAGAACUAACAAAGAAAACACAAAAAAUUAAAAGAACUAAUAAAAAAGUCUUUAAUAAACAAGAAAUUAAAUGUUUUAAAUGUGGAAGACUAGGACAUUAUGCAAAAAAUUGUAAAGUAAAACAAAAAAUUAAUGAAAUUAGUAAAUUAGAAAUACAAAAAGAAUUAAAAGAGAAUCUUAUUAAUAUUUUAGAAGGAAUUAUGUUGAUUGAUGAAUCCUCUAGUUCUUCGGAAGAAUCAUCUUAUGAAGAGGAAUAUGUUAAUUAUAUAUCAGAAAAAUCAGAAUUUGAAGAAAGUUUAGAAGAAAAUUAUUGUUUAGGUCCAGAAUUAUGUAAUUGUAAUGAUUGUAUUAAGGGAAUUAAUAUGAUUACUACAGAUCAAGCUAGUACUCUUAUAGAAAUAUUAAGAAAAAUGCCUAAUUCAGAUCAAAAGGAAGAAUUUGUGAUUCAGAUACAAGGAAUUAUAGAAAAAGAACAAAUAGCUAGAAAAGGAAAUAGUUCAUAA